UUUGAUGUUUGGAGAUCUCGAUGUUCUGAAAAUGGCUACAAUGAAACUAUUAUCUUUUGUGGCAUGUGUCUGGGUUUUCUCUGCUGGACAUGAAUUAUUUUCAUCAAUGGAUCAAGCCAUGCAGCUUGUGGAGGAAAAGAGAAACCUUCUGGAGCAUUUCAAUUCAUAUAUCAAUGCUGAAGAAGAGAAUUUACAGAGACUCAGGAGAGGUCUUGAGAUUCUAAGACAGCUCCCAUACUUCAAAGAUCCAGAGAACACCACGACUGACCCUGUAGCAGCUUACAAACUUAUGAGACAACUAAGAAUUUUAUGGUUGACUAUAAUAACGACAACUGAAAAUAAUCCUUAUGAUGACUUCCAAGAACUGUUGUUCUCAGAUGUCCUGAAGAUCCCAUCUGAAGAAGAUUUGGAGAGUGCAGCCUUGGCACUUAUUAAGCUGCAAGAAACCUAUAAACUCUACCCAGUAAACCUUACAAAGGAAACUCCUUUAACUGAGAACGAAGCUUACUAUUUGGGGUUAAAAGCUACUGUCGAGGACAAAUUCCAGCAUGCUUUUCACUGGUUUCUCUACACUUUGAAAAUGUUCAAUGAGACAAAAUCCUUCAAUUCAAUACGAACUUUUACCAAAGAACGUUUGCUAGAGCACCUGGGCUCUUCUGCGUAUCAUUUUGGAAGUCUACCUGUGGCAAUCUACUUCUACCAGCAGCUUCUAAAACUGGAUCCAACUAAUGAGGAUGUUAAAUCUACACUGAAGUUGUGCAGAAACCUUCGUCUUUACAGAACUUCAAACCCUGAUAUAUUCACACUGAAUAAAGAGUCAACUAACUCCUAUGAGGCAUUGUGCAGGGGAAAGGUUAAACCGAGGACCUCUAGGAGGCAGAGUACGCUGUCUUGUAGAUACAGCACAGGUGGAGGAAACCCCAGACUGAUUUUAGCACCACUGAAAGAGGAGAUCGAAUGGGAUGAGCCCCGAAUCAUUAGAUAUCAUGACAUAAUAUCAGACAAAGAGAUCGAGAUCUUGAAAAAUAUCUCUAGGCCUCUGCUUAGAAGGUCUAUGGUUGGUUCAGGUUCAGGAAAGGUCUCAAAUGUUCGUCUUUCUCAAAGUGUUUUUCUGGAAGAAGAUGACAUGGUUUAUCGUGUCAAUCAGAGGAUUGCAGACGCUACAGGACUUUCUAUGGAAACAGCUGAACUUCUACAUGUUCAGAAUUAUGGGAUUGGUGGCAGAUAUGAAACACACUAUGACGCAGGGGACAAUCAAAAUGAAAGGAUCGCUACAUUCCUCAUUUAUAUGAGUGAUGUGGAGAUAGGAGGCGCCACUGUAUUUCCUAAAGUUGGAGUUGCACUGCAACCUAAAAAGGGUUCAGCUGUGUUUUGGUACAACCUGCACAAGAAUGGUGAUCUAGAUUUGAGAACAGCGCAUGCUGGAUGUCCUGUUUUAGUUUGA